AUGGACCAGGUUGACCUACAUGAACCUGCGACGCAGCAGCCGCGGCCUUCUCGCCGCAUCCGCGCCUGCAAGCAAUGUCGGACGGCCAAAGUGCGAUGCUCGGGGAUGCGGCCCUGCGAGAGAUGUACUCGUCGCCGAGACAAAUGCGCUUUCGCCGCCGAUGAGGCCCACGUAUCGGUCCCAGAACGGUAUCUGCAAGAUUUACAGCGUCAACUUGCCCAUUUCAAAGCAUCGGUGAUGAUGACGACGACUUCAACUGGGACAGAGGAGCGACCAGUUUGGCGGGGGUCGGUGUCGGAGAGCGAGACCGACCCGUCGGUUAUCACGCCGACCUCGCUAGACACGAGACCAGCCACAUCGGCCAGACCGGCAAGAUUCGCCGAGAUAGACCCACUACCAAGCUUUGAUGCAAGCAACACUACUCCCCGCCAACAGUCUAACUCGUCAGUGGGGCUCGCAAGCGGUUCGACCGAGAAGAACGGACAUGAAUCAGGCAACGUUCCACAAGCCUAUAAUCCUCUCGUAGCAAAGGAUGUGGCAUAUGUGAACGGUUCUGAUGACCGCCGUCUCUUAUUCCUGGGACAUACGUCCACAUGGUCUUUCUGCCGCCGUGUCUUCACGCUGUUGGAAGAUGCCGGGUCAUACUCGACUACACAUCGAGCGCCGUUAAAUCUAGAUGGAGCAGCAUUUCGUCUCCAUUGGCAGCCAAAGACCGAGGUCGAUGCCAGUGACCUGGUCAAGCUUCCGCCAGCAGACCAUGCAUUCCUUUUGUACAAUACCGUGAAGUUUCGCCUAGGUGAGCUUUUCAAUGUUGUGGAUGAAGAUAAUUUCUUGCGAUUGUUCGAAGAGUUUCACAAACAGCCGUUGGAGACUGCACAGAAGCAUCGCCUUUGGUUUGUUGAGUACCUGAUAGUCCUCGCGUUUGGAAAGGCGUUUACCUCUUAUGCGGAUCCCACGACUGUCGCCCCCCCCGGAUCUGAUCUUGCCUCACGAGCUUUAUCCCUACUUCCAGAUGUCGCAUUUCUUCAAGAUGACCGACCCGCCCUCCUUGCGAUGGAGAACUUCGCUCUGAUUGCGCUGUAUUUCCAGUCAAUCGACAUGCGAUCCCCAGCUUAUCAAUAUAUUGGUCAAGCCCUACGUCUGUCCUUCCACGAUGGUCUCCAUCGUAGAUUCCCGGAAGACGUUAUGGAUGCUUGUAUAACCAGGCAUUGUAACAAUGUGUGGUGGACGAUUUAUGUUCUCGAUCAGGCCCUUACGGCAGGACUGGGCUGUCCUCCUACUAUACCACUAAGCAGCAUUACCGCCCCGCUACCAGAUACUCUGUCCUCCUCAAUGUCUACAAAAGCCCUUGCAUUGCGAAGCCGCCUCUCGCAGAUUAAUUCAAUCAUCUAUAGCGGUAUCUAUAGCUUUGACGAGAACCUCGGAUCUGAUUUUGUCUCCAGCAUCACCUCAGUGCUCCAUAAGCUGGCCGAAGUUUCACGCGAAAUCGACGAGGUGAUAUCAGGGUUCAAGGCUACUAAGGGGGAGCUUCCUCACAUGUUUUAUAACAUCACCCUAUCACACCACCAUUGCAUUGUUCUAGCGACGCGGCCAUUGGUAAUUUGGCUUCUCAUUCGGAGUUUACCACCAAGCAAAUUCGAUCAGCGUAUACUUUCUGGCCCGAUAGCCAAAUUGCUUGAAAAGUCGGUACAAUCCGCGACGACGACAUUAUUGAUUUUGAUAAACUUGUUAGACCGUGAGACACUUGAGACCUUUCUCCCAUUUCCACUGGAAUACACCUUCUCGUCAGCAGUCCUGCUCACAAUUCUCAGUGCCAUCCUCCCAACAUAUGUUCCGGACUCGGGAUGGCACCGCGCGGUAUCAUCCAUCUUUGACGAGAUGAUUCGAAAGGGAAACAUUGUAGCCAAACUGCGAAGAGCGGAGCUCGAACAUCUUGAAGCGCUUGUAGAACCGUAUCGGAUCCAGAACUCCACCAUGCACUCGCUGCAGCCGGCUCCCCAUCAAGACAGCGCAGCUGUACAACAUCCCUUUUCUGGCCAUCCCAGAGCGUUGGACGUACAUGUCGAUCACGACCAAAAUCCUUUUAGAAUAAACUGGAACGACUCGCAGGAUUUGUUAGAGCCCUUCGAAACAGGGUCGGACGAUAUAAUCGCCCUGGCGGAGCAACUCGAGCAUGAUGAUUUUUCGUUCACUAUUUGA